GUCUCAUCAUCGCACCGUGUUUGGUUCUUCGAGGCAUUCGUUUUACUCGGAAACCCUAAAAAAGAAUUGAUCACAGCAACAACAAUCUCAUCUACAUUUUCACAUUCUCACUUCACAAAUUCCCAAUUUUUAAAAAAUUCCUCUGGAAUUCCAUUUCCUAUCUUUGUUUACAUCAAUGUCCGAGUUAGAGCUCAUGGAAUUUAAAUUAAUCUCUUUUUCCUCUGACCCAUUUCGUUUUUUCUCGUGAUUCGAUUGUCAAAUAUGUAUUUAUAAUUGAACUGCUAUCAAUUUUCCAGCAACAUGUUGUCUAUAAUAAAAGGAAUUGUUGAUACAGUUGUUGUAAAAAUUAGUUUUUUUCUUUUUUGGUUGUGAGUUUUUAGAUUAGAGACCCUCUUUUUUUUUUGGUUGUAAAUUUGUGAUUUUUUUGAGAUGAAGAAAUCUGGCUAUAUGAUCAUGCUGUGAUGGAUAGCAGUGGAGAAGCAGGGGAUGAUCAGGGCUCUGGAUGGUUGCAAGUUAAAAAGAAGCAUAGAAGUAGUGCAAAGUUUUCUCUCCAAGGUUGGGUAGGGGGAUUAUCUGGAAAACAGACUCCUAGCACUCCACGCCGUCAGGCUUCGUCAAAUGUUAAAAGCAGAAAUUCACACGGCAAGUAUGGUGGCCAGAAUUCAAAAGCAGGGGGAGAUUUUGCUGUAAAUAGCCAGGGCAGGGUUGCAAAUGCUACUUCUGUUUCAACUGAAGAAGAGAAAGGCGUGCAUUACCUUGAUAAAUGUGUGGUUUGUCAAGAUAAUGAAUGUCCCAAAUCACCUCCGAUGAAAGCUGCUACAAAUUGUGAUAAUAAAGAUGGAGUUGUUGAAGAGUUUCUCCAAAAGGAUAAGCCUGAUCCUAUUCAAACAAUCAAGUGGGGUGAUUUGGAUGGUGGAGCUUUGGAACUACAUCUCAAAAAGACCGUUGGAGCAGAAAUUAGGUUUGGAGAUAUUGGAAAUGAUCAUUUAGUUAGCAGGAAAGCCGAGGAUGCUAAAGGUUCAGUUUCAUGCAUUUCUUCUUCCACUGACUCCAAAGGAGACAAAUCGGUGGUAACAUCUGUAGAUGCAGAUCACAGUCUUUGUCAGCCAUUAUCGUUGUCUCCGGAGGAUGGAGAGAACUGUAAAGAGGUGAAUGAAAUAACUUCAGAGGAUGUGAAGGUACAAGUUACAAACGAAAAAAUACUUACUUCAAGUGGUGAUGUUUCAAACGGUGGAGAAACAUGCAAUGAACAAGUCAAAUCAGUUAGUAAUGACCCUUUAGCUGCUGGCAGUAUGUCUGGUUCCAUAGCCAAUGAAAAGGAUGGGAUGAUUGUGGAACUUCCAGAACCUAUUGUUAUGUGUGAAACAGGCAAUUCAGAAAUAUCUGAUGUACCCAUGAUAGACGGUGCUUCUAGCACAGUAGCAAUGCCCCAAGAUGCUGACUCACUUACACCUGAAAAAAUUGAGGCUGAAAAAUCUGGAGUCUCUGGCCAUCAACUGGCCGAUAGAAUUCUUGGUGAGUUGUCAAAUGCCCAGAUUUUAAGUGGCACUGAUGCAGGUGAUGCACGUGAAAGUAAGGAAAGGUUUAGACAGCGACUUUGGUGCUUUCUCUUCGAGAAUCUUAAUAGGGCUGUAGAUGAACUUUAUCUUCUUUGUGAACUAGAAUGUGAUUUGGAGCAGAUGAAAGAGGCAAUUCUUGUCCUUGAAGAAGCUGCAUCUGAUUUUAAGGAACUAAAUUCUAGAGUGGAGGAAUUUGAGAAUGUAAAAAGGUCCACUUCUCAAUUAAUUGAUGGCCUGCCUAUGACCAUGAAGUCAGAUCACCGCAGACCACAUGCACUUUCAUGGGAGGUUCGGCGAAUGACUACUUCACCUCACAGGGCAGAAAUACUGUCUUCAUCUCUUGAAGCUUUUAGGAAAAUCCAACAAGAAAGAGCUAACACGCGGGCAGCUAGUGAUGCUGAAAAACUGCGGCAUGAUUGUUCUAAUUGUCGUAACAGUGAUAUUCCAGAGAAAUAUGCUGGGAGAAGUUACAUAACAUCAAAUGCUAAAGAAACAGUCCUGAAGUUAAGGAAGCAUAAUGGAGUUUCAGAUAUCAGUCGGAGAAGUUCAAGUGGAGAGAAGAGGAAUUCUGACUCGGGCAGGUCCUGCAGAAUAAACUCCACACACAAUGGUCAUUUACCGAACCCAUCUGUUUCUGGUAUUAACGCAUCUAGGUUACCUGUUAGGGAGAGCUCAGCUGCUUCUGUCACUGGAAAGAGCAAAGGGGAACACGUUGGAUCUACUUCUGAAAUGGAGAAGUUGCUUCCUAGGAAAGAUAAAAUGUUGGCAGAAAGUGUGGUUGAGAAAAAUCCCAAAUCUGUGGAUCACCUUAAGAAGCAAACUUAUCUUUCUGAAAGAGAUAGGGACAAGAGAAAUGGACCGUCAUGGAAAUCCAUGGAUGCUUGGAAGGAUAAAAGGAACUGGGAGGAACUACUUGCAUCUCCAUUCCGUGUUUCUUCUCGCUUUUCACAUUCGCCAGGCAUGGGUCGGAAAAGUGCUGAGCGUGCACGAAUUUUGCAUGACAAACUAAUGUCUCCUGAGAAGAAAAAGAAGACUGCUUUAGAUUUAAAAAAAGAAGCAGAAGAAAAACAUGCACGGGCUAUGAGGAUUAGAAGUGAGUUAGAGAAUGAAAGAGUUCAAAAGCUUCAGCGUAACUCAGAUAAAUUGAACCGUGUUAAUGAAUGGCAAGCUGUUCGCAGCAUGAAGUUGCGAGAGGGAAUGUAUGCCCGCCACCAACGCAGUGAAUCUCGGCAUGAAGCUUUUCUAGCCCAGGUUGUGAAAAGGGCUGGUGAUGAAAGCAGUAAGGUUAAUGAGGUUCGUUUUAUUACUUCACUAAAUGAAGAGAACAAAAAAUUUAUAUUGCGCCAGAAACAUCAUGAUUCUGAAUUGAGGAGAGCUGAGAAACUUCAUGUAAUGAAAACUAAACAGAAGGAGGAUAUGGCAAGAGAGGAAGCUGUUUUGGAGCGCAAGAAGCUCAUUGAAGCUGAAAAGCUGCAGCGUCUGGCUGAGACACAGCGGAAAAAGGAAGAGGCUCUAGUGAGAAGGGAAGAAGAACGGAAGGCAUCAAGUGCAGCACGAGAGGCAAAGGCUAUAGAACAGCUCCGAAGAAGGGAGGUUAGAGCUAAAGCCCAACAGGAGGAAGCAGAGCUUCUGGCCCAGAAAUUAGCUGAAAGACUUAGUGAAAGUGAACAGCGUCGCAAGUUUUACUUAGAACAAAUACGGGAGAGAGCUUCAAUGGAUUUCAGAGAUCAAUCUUCACCUCUACUGCGACGUUCUCUGAACAAGGAGGGUCAGGGUAGAUCUACACCAACCAGCAGUAGUGAAGAGUAUCAGGCAAAUAACGUCACAGGUUCAGGAGGUUCUACUCUUCAAACAGGCAAUGCCACAUUGCAACACUCGUUAAAGCGAAGGAUUAAAAAAAUACGUCAAAGGCUUAUGGCUUUGAAAUAUGAAUUUCCUGAGCCUCCUGUUGGCGUUGAAAAUGCUGGCAUUGGAUAUAGAGCAGCGGUGGGAACUGCAAGGGCGAAAAUUGGACGGUGGCUUCAGGAACUCCAGAAACUUCGGCAAGCAAGGAAAGAAGGGGCUGCAAGUAUUGGACUAAUAACUGCUGAGAUGAUUAAGUUUUUGGAGGGAAAAGACCCUGAGCUGCAAGCAUCUCGCCAAGCUGGUCUGCUUGAUUUUAUUGCUUCUGCCUUGCCAGCUUCUCACACAUCUAAACCUGAAGCCUGCCAGGUGACAAUAUACCUUUUAAGACUUCUAAGGGUAGUGCUAUCAGUACCUGCAAACAGGAGUUACUUUCUUGCACAAAAUCUCUUGCCACCGAUCAUCCCCAUGCUGGCAGCAGCUCUUGAGAACUAUAUCAAGAUUGCAGCUUCAUCAAGUGUCCCUGGUAGCUCCAACUUGCUAUCAAGCAAAACAUCAAUUGAAAAUUUGGAGUCAAUCUCUGAAGAACUGGAUGGCUUUUUAUGGACUGUUGCAACAAUUAUUGGUCAUGUAAGCUCUGAUGAACGCCAACUCCAAAUGCAGGAUGGUUUACAGGAGCUUGUGCUUGCGUAUCAGGUUAUUCAUCGGUUGCGAGAUCUUUUUGCGCUUCAUGACAGGCCACAGGUGGAAGGGUCACCGUUUCCUUCAUCUAUUCUCUUGAGUAUAAGUCUGUUGGUAGUUUUAACAUCCAGAUGCAGAACAAUUUCUUCCAUUGAUUGGGAAUCUUUUCCAAUUGAAAUAGUACCAGAAAAUGAAACUUCAAAGGCUAAGCUUGUAGAGGCUGCAGAUUUUGGAUCUUCCUCUGUAAAUAACCUCAAUGGAGAAAAUAGAACUUUACCAGAUGUACCAGAAGAUAGGCCAUUAGAUGAAUCAUGUAUGAUAAAAAGAAGCAAAGAAUCGGUAUUGGAUAAAAAAGAUUCUGAUAAGCUUGAGGCUGUUGGCACAGGGAUGGAUGUUGACGAGUCCAAGCAUGUUUUGACAGAUAAUACUGCAAAGUCUUCUGUCUCUCAGAGAGACGAGAAGAGCUCUGUGGAUGAUGGUGCAGAACAAAAGAAUGAAAACAAAUCAGGCUUGAAGCCACCAGUAACCUUUCUUCUUUCUGCCAUAUCUGAAACUGGCUUGGUCUGUCUUCCCUCAUUGUUGACAGCUGUGCUAUUGCAGGCACACAACAGGUUGUCUUCUGAACAGGCUUCCCAUGUUCUUCCAUCUAAUUUUGAAGAAGUGGCAACUGGAGUACUGAAGGUUUUGAACAAUUUGGCUCUUAUAGACAUAACAUUCAUGCAAAAGAUGCUAGCCAGGCCAGACCUGAAAAUGGAAUUCUUCCAUUUGAUCAGUUUUCUUCUUUCUCAUUGCGCAAGCAAGUGGAGAGUAGCUACUGAUCAGGUUGGUUUGCUUCUGCUGGAAUCUUUAUCGCUUCUUGGUUUUUUUGCCUUGUUCCACCUUGAAAAUCAAGCUGUCCUUCGAUGGGGAAAGAGCCCUACCAUCCUUCAUAAGGUAUGCGAUCUGCCAUUUGUGUUCUUCAGUGAUCCCGAGUUGAUGCCAGUCUUGGCAGGCACACUGGUUGCUGCCUGCUUUGGUUGUGAGCAGAACAAGGGUGUGGUUCAGCAAGAACUCAGUACCGAUAUGCUUCUUUCUUUGAUCAAAUCUUGCCGAAAUGGUUUACCUACGGUUAGAUCUAGCUCAACCCUGGAUAAUCCUCCAACAGAAUCUCCAGGCGAAUCUAAUCAGUUGGGUCCUCCUGAAUCUAGAAAACUUCAAGGCGAAAUGCCCCUUAGAUCCAACCGUUACAAUCCAAGAAACGCACGAAUUUAUUCAGGAAAAGGUGGUGGUGGUGGGGCUUUGGGGAACAGCUUCAGAACUAGCAAGAUGCGAAACCAGAAAGAUUGCAAAGCGUUCAAACUUUGCGAAGAGAUGUCUGUGAAGCAAAAUCAGUCAGCUUCAGAAACUUCCUCCAAUUUAAUGUUGCAUUCCAGAUUUUCUGGAAGUUUCAUUGAUAGAGCAGAGCAGUUUUUCGCGGCGGAGAUCACCAAUUUGGGUGAUGAGGUAUGAGUUGAGGGAAAAAAAAAACUUAAAGUCAGUUUUUAUGAUAAUAUUAUUAAUUUGAACACAUGCUGAAAGGGUACUUCUGGUCUCCAUUAUUCAAUAAAAUGACGUAUUUAAUCAACAACUACAGCAGAUUGUUUAGCAGAUGUCUACUAUAAUCACCGGUGCCAGACUUGUUCACUUUUUGGAAGCUGAUAAUUAAUAUCUUAAAUGCUGUUUUGAUGUA